AUGUGUGAUUACACAAAAGUCGAAUACUGCUGUGGCCACCUAAGAUACACUGUACGUGCCUGGUGCGUCAGAUACCAGGAGUCACACAAGCGCUGUCCCCCCAAUGUUGUUGCCGUACAGANNGAGUACAGAUUCGAGGAACCAUGUGGUACGGACAUC